AAAGGUGUGAGAUAGCAGCAGUGUGACAGGAACCACUACAGGGACCAGUCAGUGUGUUGUUGUUUCUUUAAAGAAAAAAUAUUUUAUUGUUGAUUCAACUUUCGUUCUGCUUGUGUAACGCCAUGUUUGCUAGACAAGAAUAAAUUUCUCGAGACAACUUAGUUGAGAUAAAACGUUCCUCAACAUGGAGAAGGGACUGCAAGGGGUUUUGUUUCUUGCCACAACUUUGUUCUUUUUAUCACCUGCAAGCGGCUUGACCUUGACCUUGACCUCUCUGUCAACCGCCAUCCAGAUAGCAGAGAACUUGACCGUGGGCAGCCUCGUUUACAACGGGACAUGGUUCUACGACGGGUCAUCCACGCUGGUCUUUAACAUUGGAUUUGGCAACCAGGAGCGGCGGUUCUCUGCGGACGCCUCCAGUUUUCUCAUCUACCUGGGCUACGCCCUCGACUACGAGACGACCAAAAGUUACGAGCUCUGGCCGAGGGUGACGGAGGUCGCGACUGGACUCGUCGACUCCAAACUGUUGGUGGUCAACAUCACUGACGUCAACGACAACAAACCGACGUGCAGCCACUACAACUACCUGGGUCAGCUUAGCGAGGACGCGGCUGUGGGGACCAGCUUCACCAAACUCUCCUGUACCGACGUGGACACUGGCUUAGGCGGGGUGGUCGAGUACAGCGUCGUUAGCGGUGACACAGCUUACAUCAAUGUGAGCCUGACCACCGGAACAGCUUACAUCGUCCAAGGUCUGAACUACGAGAGCAGCCUGACCAGCCUGCAGGUGGUGGUCCAGGUGUCCGACAAGGGCAGCCCCAGGCUAUCGAUCAACGUCACGGUGCUGCUCAGUGUCAAGGACGUGGAUGACAACAUACCGCAGUUUAUACCCUCGGGGGUGUACUCUACAUCUGUAUUAGAGAACACGCCCGUGGGGUCAAGCGUGUUGAUUCUGUCAGCAAAUGACCUUGACGCUGUGGGGUCAGCCAACUCACGAGUUGUGUACGGCAUCAGCUGCUCACCUGCUGUUCUUAUGGUGGACAGGUACACAGGUCAAGUUUUCACCGUGACCCAGCUGGACUACGAGACGAACCCUGAGAUCAGGUGCACGGCCACGGCUUACUCGUCCGACAAGACGACCAACACCAGCACCGCCACCGUCACGAUAACCGUCAUUGACGUCAACGACAGGAUGCCGCUGUUUAACCAGAGCCACUACCAGGGAAGCGUCAUAGAGAACGCCACCGUGGGGACAGCAGUGACCGCCGUGUCGGCCAAGGACCCAGACGGCGGGACGGUCACCUACAGCAUCGUGGACACGAAAUUUGACAUAGGUUCCACAUCUGGAGUGAUCACGCUUAAAGAUGUUGUGGAUUAUGAAACAGCCACGUCACACCUGCUCACAGUGACAGCAACAGACAAUGGAACACCUGCACAGACUAACACUGUCUUUGUCCAGGUAACAGUUACACCAGUGAACGAAUUCGACCCUGUAUUCACCCCACCAAGUUACACACUCUCUGUAGCAGAAGACCAAGUUCCAGGUACAUCUGUGUACACGAUCACAGCAUCAGACCAAGAUGCUGGACUUGAUGGCGCCAUAGGGUACAGUCUGGUGACCAGCACCACACCUACACCUUUCAUGAUAGACGCAGGGACAGGCAUCCUGAGAGUGGCCUACGCCCCCUUAGACUUUGAGAAGACAAAAAGUUACACAUUCACCAUCGUAGCCAAGGACAACUCCACCACAGCGCCUAAGUCUGCUAAUGCGUCGGUUACCGUGACCAUCACUGACGUCAACGACUCGCCAGUCACCUGUAACGCUGUCCCAACGGUGGUGUUCAAGUCGCCGUUCUCUAACGCGGCCAACUUGAGCCAGUUGACCUGCAAUGACCCAGACUCUACAGGUGCCAGCCUCACCUAUAGCUUACCUGUGGGAAACGGUGCUGGGUAUUUUAAGAUUGACUCUAAGGGGACGUUAAUGCUGUCAGACGUGAGCAGACGUCCCGCGAGCACCAGAUACGACUUGCAGGCACAGGUGUAUGACGGCACGGACUCCACGACCGUCACCUUCACCGUGCUGUCUGAGACGGACCUGGCUUUCAGCACCUUCACCAACCCGCUCACCAUUGAGGAGAACACGACCGUGGGGCUACUGACCACACUGUCGGCGUGCUGCACGUUCCCACAGCUGACCUACACCAUCGUGAGCGGGAACAGCGACAACAGGGUUGGCAUGGACAGCUACACUGGGAACAUUUACAACAACGUCCCCUACGACAGGGAGCUGCAGGGGGUGUACAACUACGUGGUGGUGGCCACGUCCACUAGUGGUCAGUCGGCGACUGCCACACUGACCGUUAGCGUGCAGGACAUCAACGACCACUGGCCAGAGUUUGAUAGAAAUAUUUACGUCUUUAAAGUGGACGAAAGUUUGAGCGUGAAUUCGGUCAUAAGCCAAAUCACAGCAACUGAUAAGGACAGCGGGACAAAUGCCCAGCUGACCUAUGCCCUGACGGUUGGGACAGAUUCAGCAUCCUUUAGCAUUGAUGCGGGGACAGGUUCUCUGAGUCUGAUACAAGGUUUAGAUUACGAGGCUAAGACAACUUUGACGGUUGAAAUCACGGCUGCAGACGGGGGUGCACCGCCAAAAUCAGGAACAACAACUGUGGUGAUUCAAGUACAAAACAAAGAUGAAUCCAAUCCAACGUGGAUUACCCUUCCUGGUCCUUACACCUCUACCCUAAAAGAAGACGUUGCUUUAGGGACUUUAGUAUUCCAGGUCAACGCAACAGACGGAGACAUGGAUACCAUCUUCACCUACAACAUCACCAACGGCAACACCAACAACGACUUUUUCAUUGACCCCGCCUCCGGUAAAGUCUUUGUCAAUAAAUUCCUGGACAGGGAGCGGACGCCCAGCUACACGCUGACCAUUGUAGCUGUCAAUCAAAACGGUCAGUCAGUCACAGGAACGUUGACCGUCAACAUCCAAGACGUCAACGAUAACUACCCAAAGUUUUCACAAAAUGUUUACGUGUAUUCCUUCGCUCAUGGGUACACUGGCCCUAAUAUCGGGACUCUAACUGUGACUGAUGCGGAUGAAGGCACCAACGCUGUCGUUAUUGGUAAAAUCUUAAGUGGAGACACCCAGUCACAGUUUGCCCUGUCCAGUAGCCUGCAGCUGACAACAAGCCAGUCAUUCGAUUACUUGGGCAUCAGAAGAUUCACUCUGGUCGUGGAGGCUGAAGACGGAGGCUCUCCCAAGCUGACAUCCACAGCUGUUGUUGUCAUUAAUGUCACACCAGCUUCGACAGAUGCCAAGUUUAACAUUACUUCAGACAGCGUGACACUUCGAGAGGACGUGCUUGUCGGCACUCAAGUUUACGACUUCAAUGCCACACUGCUGGGUGCUUUAGAAGAUGGAACCCUCAAGUACACAAUGUCAGGUGGCGAUGGAGAAUUUCAAAUACGGCCCAACACUGGUCAAGUUUACAUUGCUUCAGCCUUAGAUUAUGAGAAGAAAAAAGAGUCCUAUAAUUUGGUAGUUGUUGCUAGUACCGUUAAAAACAGCGCCUCAUGUACGCUAACCGUUACCAUCACCAACAUCAAUGACAAUACUCCCAGUUUUCCAUCCAAUAUUGUGGGUGUGACUCAGGAAACUUUUAGUUUUUUGGUUGAUGAAAAUGCGACCGUAGGCUAUGUCGUGGGGACGGUUUUGGCCACUGACGCUGACAAGGCCCCAUACGGUCUGGCCAGUGAGACCAUGACUGGAACUUCAGACUUCGUCCUUGACCCAACGACUGGGGUCAUCACGGUGAAGAACAAGCUGAACUACCUGACGAAAAGUUACUACAACCUUCUGGUGACGGCCUCAGAUGGCGGGACCCCAGCCAAGACAGCCAAGGCUUAUGUCGUCAUCAAGGUCAAUGACGUCAAUGACCACAGUCCAGUUUUUGUGACCACAUCAAGCACGACUUUACUGGACUCCGUGCCAAUAGGGUCUGAAGUCUUUAGGUUCUACGCCACUGACCUUGACACUGGAAAUGCCGGAAACGUUUCUUACGUCAUCAAAUCGACCACAGGCCCUGGACUUUUCUCACUGGACGAGUCCACGGGUGUCUUGACAACAACAGAUGUGCUGGACGCUGCCGUCACGUCAUCCUACACGCUAACCAUAACGGCGUCAGAUCAUGGUGUCCCGAGUCUAGCCACUGACCAGACGUUUACCAUAACUCUGACCGCUACAAACCCCAACUACAACACCCCGAUAUUUUCUCUCCCAGAUCCAGACACCUUCACCGUCCCCAGAACAGAACCCAAGGGAACGGUUGUCGGGACAAAGUCCGCCACAGACACUGACCACGGCAUCAGCGGUCAAAUCCUCUACACAAUCCUCUCAGGCAACGACGACGGUUAUUUCUUGAUGAACGAAACUUCCGGCGAGAUUCGAACCUCGACCAGCAUCCUGACGGCAGCCGACUCGUACACCCUCGUGCUGAGGGCCAAAGAUCGAGGAACGCCCUCGAGGUCAAGCACCGCGACCGUUACGAUCAACGUCACGCCGUCCCGUACUACGAACCCUGACUCUGACUACAGCUUUACGGUGGCCGAGGAUAAACCUGCAGGCAGUGAGAUCGGCAGGAUCAAGGUGGACAGUCCCAGGGUACCUAGUGGAUAUACAAUAUUGGCUGGCAACUUGGGAAACUCUAUUGGUGUAGAUCUAGACGCCACCACAAAUGAAGGUCUCCUGACUGUCUCAGCACUAGACUGUGAGAAAUACCCAGAAUACAAUCUGCUAGUAGAGGUGACCACAGACAUCGGUCCGUUGACCAAAGUCGUCCAGGUCACAGUGACCGACGUCAACGACAACCCGCCAGUUUUUUCACAGACCGCUUACGUCAUCAGUAUCCCAGAAAACAUGCCGGUUGGCUACACGGUGGAGACAAUUAUGUGGUCCGAUGCUGACGUCACAUCCGCCAACCGCAACAACAACUUGACCCUGACCCCACCUGGUGAUACCUACUUUACCAUAGACGCGUCCGGUCACCUGGUUAUAAAGAAAUCCCCUGACUAUGAUAUUUUAUCUUCAAUUUCUUUCCAAGUGGACGCCACAGAUUUAAACGUCAACCCUCAACCGUCCGCCUCAGUGGGCGUCAGCAUUAAUUUGAUUGACGUCUUAGAAGAAGAAGAAACGCCCAUUUCCAAGGUGACCAAGAAUGCCAUGAUCUCCCUGGAAUGUCCGUACCAGGCAUCCAAUGGUCACCUGGUCUACACACUGACCCCAGGAGACUUUGGCAUCCCUGAAUCAAACUUAGCCACAGCCGAGUACGUCACAUACACCAGCACAUUUCCCUUCAGUGUGUCCAGCUCGACUGGUCAGAUCACAGUGACCAGCUCCUCGUCUCUAGAGAACCAGGCCAAAUAUUUCCACUGGGUUUUGUGUCGCUCCACCAUCGGCAGCGUCACCACCUCCAAGAUCUCCCUCCUGCGGAUUGAUACAUUCGACAUGACGUCACAGAUGGUGGUCAUCGAGUUCGCAGAGAAAUAUUCCGACGUCGUUAGCAAUAUUCAAACCUUCCGGUCCCGUGCACAAGUGUUUUUCUCAUCAACGCAAAGAAUCGGAUUUUCUAAUAUCAUCGAUACCAGUACAAGUAGUCGCAGACGUCUCUUGGCCACACAGACAGCUGCCUAUACCUACGUGGUGAGCGACACACAAGCAGACGACAUCGCUAACGUCAACACCGCCAAAUCUUUCUUGACGGACACCGCCAUUCUCAAGGUCCUGCAGCAGUCGUCAGACGGCACACCUGUCGUCGGCCUGUCGGACCAGCAGAUCUUGCAGGUGGCCACCGUCUCGCCGUACCAGGAGUCGACGUCGUCUGACGCGUCAGAUUUCGUCUCGUCCACCGGCGGCAUCGUCAUGUUCUGUCUGCUGGGUCUGUUGCUGGUCGCGGCGCUCGUGCUGCUCGUCGUCUGCUUGUGCCACAGGAAAAAGAGAUCGGACCAAGUAAAAUUAAUCAAGCGUGAGGAAGAGAAGAGGAAAGAAAAGACGAUCGGGUUUUUCCGCAGUCAGGAAACCAGCACACCGGUGAACCCCGGCAAAAAAAUGUCGAUCGAGUCCGGACCGCCCGGAUACUCUGACAUUUUCGUGGUCAACUCUACUCCACCUCUCUCCGCGGCCACUGUUGUAAGUCGCAAAAAGGAAGGUCCGAGAGUGGACAAACGGCCUACAGUGGACACACACGCAAACAAGACCUCAGUGGCGAGACCUGAGCCCCCUCAAGCGGUGACACAACAGGUUGAACCAUCCAAGGUGGUGACACCUGGAUCAGCAACAGCCAACACAGCAACAGCCAACACAGCCAACACAGCCAACAGCGAAACAGCCGCCAUGAAAGAAGGCAGAGAGUCGAGCGAGUGGGCGAUGAAAGCCCGACCAAGCGAGAAGUACAGCAGGCCGACCAUUCAGGAGACCAAAAACAAAAUCAGCCUCAUCAAGUCCAGCGCCAGGAAGCCGGGGCCAAAGGUCAGUAAAGAUGGCGGCAAGAACAUACAUUCGACACAGAAGAACUUAGGUAGCACUUCCGGUCUGAACCAAGGUCACACUUCCGGUCUGAACCAAGGUCACACCUCAGAGGUGAAGGCUGGCACGAGCACAGACGCAGACAAUGACGUCAGUGAAAGAAUUAAGAAUGAGCCCGAUGAAGCUGACACCCCUAUAGACAAUGGAACAGUCGAAGAAGAUGAGUCCACACAGCAGAAAAGCCAUGGGGUGGAAGCUAACCUUGAUUGAAUGCUACUACCAAAUAUGUGAUGAUUGAUUGUUGUAAACAAAUAUUUGAUAUUUGAUUGUUACUACUGUUAAAGCCUAACUUAAAGCCAUUAUUACAUAAUGUUACAUUGUCGGCAGACCUGUGAUAUUACAAAACAAGGUUUCUGAUGACUAUAUUUUAAUGAGUAGUCAGCUUGUAAAUAUUUGUUGAGACUGUAAUUUAAAUUUUAUGUUUCUUAAUGUUUAAUAUUUCUCGAUAGGAGGCUGUCCUUAAAUGACGUCAAACUUUUUAAACCGACUGGUUGAGGUAUAUGGAAGUUUAGCUUGUACCCAAAUAGACAGAGUCAUAUGUUUUAUAAAAAUGUCUCCAGGCCACAUAGAAUGGAUGUUAAAAAUGUCCACUACUGACCUCUCACUGACCGGUGCCUUAGGUCUUGUUGGUGUUAAUUGUUGACCUUCAGACAAGACGAUUGGUCAGAGGCUAGAGUUAGUUAAAUUAUCACAACCCCCAUACCCCACCCUCCAUCCCACCAUUUUAAGAAAUACUCUCCACCCCCUACCCCCUCCAUAAAACUGACGUCUGUAAAAGAAGCCAAUCUGUAAUCACAUAAACGACCGGCAAAUCUUGUCUGAAUAAAACGAGUUCUUUUUCGUCA